AUGUCGGCGGCUGCGAGGGAAGCGGCCAUAACCAUGGCGCUGACCCCUACUGUGGAAGGGCAGGACCCCGUUUGGAAGCUGGGCGUCAGGGUGUAUCCUCAUUUGUCGGUGGCUAAAAGUUAUCGGCAAAUGAUGCUACUGAUCCACCCCGACAAGAACGACAGCAGCACCCGGAGCAGCGAGGCCACCAAGGUGCUCUUGGCCGUUUGGGAGAAGUUCGUGUCAUGGAAUCCGGCCCUGCGGAAAAGUUCGGCGAAGCUCUGUCGUCUGCGCGCCCUGAAUAGCUUCGAGAAGGAUCUUCGUGAUGCCCUGCAGAAGGCGGGCCCGGGCCUUUUUGAACGACCCGUUCGUUUUUUUUUGCGGCUGCAGGAGGAUUCGGGGAGCCCUGCUUGGGCGUUUGACGCAUUUGAUGGGUUUGAUGCCCCCCGCCAGGCUCCUGCUGGCUCAUCGUCUUCGAGCGCUCCGCCGGCAUCGCACCACGAGGCCGGCGCCCUUCUUUUACCGGAUUUGUCGACGGGUUGCACCUCGCAGGACACUGGCUUCAUGGACCACGAGGCGCGGUUCUGCGCCUGGAACCGGGACCCCGACAUGCACGGCGAGAGCCCCUUCGGCUCGGCCCCGGCGGACUUGCACUUCGAAGGCUGCUGGCUUCGUUGGGAGGCCGUGUCCGUGGCGGGGCUUGAUCGCGCGCUGGCCUUGGACGGCACGAGGCGUGCGGAUGCCUUCGACAUGUUUGAGGAGCUCUACUGGCUUCGACAGAGGGCCGUCAGGAUUCGCGGCAAGGUGGGCUACGUGCCGGUGCUCGAACGGGAGGGUCAAGGCCCGCCCGGCCUCCGGCCCCGCAUCUACUCCGGCAUCGGCAAGCUCCCGGCGCUUCCCGAGCAAGACGGCAAGCGCAAGAAGAACCAGGACGAGCUGGAGGCGGCGGUCGCGAAGAGAGACGAGGCGAUCUCCAAGCUCCCGAAGGAGCUGCAGCGCGAGCUUGCAGCACAUGUUCCGGAGCACUUCGUUGGGCGAAGCGCUUUCAGCUGCGGCAGGCUCACUCGGUGCAUGGCCCGCCAAGGCCUCGACGCCCUCGAAAUCGACGUCGUCAACAGCUUUUACCAAUGGCUGGCGAAAGUCGUCAUGGUGGGCGAGGACUGCCCAUUCCUUUCGAGUUACGUCCAGGACCGGGAGAGCUGGUUAGCACAGCUCGAAGCGGGGUUUCGAGCGUGCCCGGACUGCCCGAAGCCGGUGCCCCGCUGCGACCUGAAGCGGUUGCUGAUCAGCAUAGGCUUCGGCGGCAGCUUUGCCAACUGGAGCUCUCGCACCCUGAGCGCGGUCUUCGAUGAGACGGACAUCCCGGAGGUGGCCCGGAUCCAUGGCUUGGAGGGCGAGGUUCGAGCGCAUCGGCUCAUCUGGCGCAACCUGCCCGAGGAGAGCCGUGCUUGGUUGGAAGGGGGCAGUGGGGGCCGCGUCGCUUUCUUUGCCUACGCGGACUGGGAGCGCAAGGUCCUGCAGAGCAUGGCGGCCGCUGCCGGCGCAUCCUUGCUGGCCUUGGAGCACGAUGGCGUGUGCGCUCUUUCGGAGGCCAAGGACCGUGUCUUGCAGGCUGCGGCUGAUCUCGGAGUUCGGGUGGCCGCCAAGCCGGUCCCGAAUGCCGUCGAGUGUGCUGCCGCUGAGCAUCCCGACUUCGACUGGAAGCUCGAGGCGAAGCUGCCCUACGGCGACUACCAGAAGCUCCGGCAGCGCUGCAAGGACAACGUGCGCCGAGGCCGAGCUCGGCCCAACAACGGCGACUUCGCCGACCUCCUCGUGGCCAUGCUGGAGCCGAUCAUCUACGUGCCGAACCAGCCGCACGAGAAGACGGACACCUACGAGUACUUUGGGCCGGACUGCGUGUGGGUGGAGGCCAAGAAGGAGCACUUGGGCUACUUGAGUCGGAGCUGUUUGAAGCGGCUCUACGGCAACCGGGAGACCCCGCCCGAGCCCUUGAACGACCUGGGCUUCGCGAACUCCUUGACCCAGGCGGUGCUGGCUGGCCUGAGCGGCCGUCUGCAGAAGCCAUUGAACGGCGACCACAGUCGUGGCAAGAUACUGCUCGCCGACGGCAUCAUUGCAGACUUCGAGACCGGCGAAAUUCGGCGGGCCUUCCUGGAGACGGGCGCCAGCGAGCUGGAGGAGAACGAGGAGGGCCGUCGGGUGAUCGCGGACCUGGAGUCUCUCCAUCAGCACAGUGGCUGGCUCAGGAUGCUCAAGAACUACCGGGCCCUCAGUGGGUAUGCCCGCAUCUGCGAGCUGCUGUGGAUGUACGGCUGCGGCAGCAGCGGCAAGGAUGUCAUCUACCUCCCGCUGAUGACGUUCCUGGGGCACGAGAGCUUCAACUACGGGGCGAUCCUCCCGGGCCAAUUCGUGACGGCUUGCCGAGCUGCCGAGGCCCACGCGGCGACGCCCUUCCAGGAUCAGCUCCAGGGCAAGAGGGGGGUCUGGGCUUCCGAGAUCCCGGCCCACGACAACCUCAACGAGGGGUUUUUGAAGGGCUACUGCGAGCAAGAAGGUGCUCCGAUCGCAGGCAGGGCCUUGAAUCGCGGACGAUGGAUGGACCCGAAGGGCAAGAGUCUGGGAGACACAGCAUCGCUUCGUCGCGAACCCAACGGGCCCUUGCGAGAGAAAGGGGGACGACACUCUGAAGGGCCGGAUCCAGAGCGGCGCGUUCAACAGCGAGCUCCUCUACUUCGCCAUGGGCCUCUACGGCAGCCUCAAAAGGAGCGCUACAACCCUGGCACGAUGUUGCUGCCCAUGCCCGUCGAGAUGCGCGACAUCCAGGCCGAGUUUGCCAGAUCCAACCCACAGCGGACCGCAUCGGACUUCGUCGAGAGCUGCUGCGAGAUCGUCCAGGUGUACCAAGAAGGCACCCCGUGGUCCACCAUCAAGGAGGUCUGCCGCGAGUUCCUGGGCUAUGGGCCGAGUGAGACGUCCAAGGUGAACAUGGCGUUGACCCGGGCCAACAUCAAGCGACAUGCGGCCUGCAGCAAGAACAUCGCCCUCGGUCCCCGCGGAGCUCUCCGCCUGAAGCCAGAGUUCGCAACCCGGGAUCCGUUCGCUCCCAUUCUGUAG